AUGAAGCUGAUCAAUACAACCACCCAGGCAGAAGCCUCAGACGCAGACCCAGGCCACUGCAACCCACACUGCAGGAUGAUUCUGAUAACACUCUACGGGGUGGUUUUGCUCGGAGGCACUGGAAUAGCACUGAUGUCAUGUAUGAUGUUCAGAAGGAACAGCCAGUCCAUGGUUGCCGCCAUCGUUCUCAAUAUCAUAGUGCUGCACUCCAUCCUCCUGAUCAGCCUUCCUUUUCGUCUCAGCUAUUACAUCUUAGUCGUAUGGGAGUUCGGAUCCUUUACCUGCUGACUGGUUAGCAGCAUAAUACAUGGUCAUAUGUACUUCACCUUUGUUUUCUAUGUGGCUAUUGUCCUACUCUGACUGGUCAUCUAUUUUAAGAAACUCCAAAUGCCACAGUUACAAAAGUACCAUGUGGUAGUUUUAAGCAUUAUAAUUUGGAUGGUUAGUCUCAUUUAUUUGCCAAUAUUAUUUUUACAGUAAGAUCCAGGUUAUUCAGAACAACAACGAUGUUUGUUCUACAAAGAUCUCAACUGGAGGGAGUUAAUUAUCUUGAACUACUCUAUGAUUGUCAUUAUGAUCACAACAGUUGUUAUCCUCUUUCUGAUACAAAUGGGUGUCAUCGUUCAACUGACAAAGGCUCUUUGGUCUGACAUGUGGGCCCAUCAAGAGUAUAGAGCACAAAUCAAGAGCUUCUUUUUCCUCAUGAUAGUUGUCUGUUUUAUACCCCACCUUGCAUUCCGGGUAUACUUUAUUCAAAAUUAUUCAGAGAUAGAAAAUUCUGAGUUAGUUCUUUACAAUGAAAUUUUUGUUGCUUUUACUACUGUCUAUUGCCUGGAUAUGCUGUGUUUCACAGGGGGAGUUAUCCAUUAA